AUACUAUGGCGUUAUAGAUUAGCAGGAUCGGUGCGAACCUGCUGACCGAUCCAACGCUAGCCCGAGCGUCCCCGUGGUAUUUCAGCGAUGGUCUUCACAACAUAUCCAAGAUGGCUACCGCUGCUACGCUCUCCCCUCAUGACGUUCAGACCACGCUGAACUACUACGCUCCGCUGAAGGGCUCGACGGAGGCCCCAUACCAGUACGUGUACGACCCGCCUGAAGGGGUGGCCAAGAACAACCUCGAUGUUGACCCGCACCCUGCGGUCAUCCACGACGGGCGCGGACGGGAAUCCGAGUUCUCCAUCGACACGACCGGCUUCCAGUUCGUGCAGUACCCGAGUGUGGAGAAGGAGUUCGACGACGACGCCCGCAUCCAGGACGUGUACUACAAGGAGGUCGAGGAGCUCCUCAGGAAGGAGGUGGGCGCAAAGCGUGUCUUCAUCUUCGAUCACACUAUCAGGAGGAAGCCUGCGGACGACGGUGAUAGGUCUCUUGCCCGCGGUCCAGUAGAACGCGUCCACAUCGACCAGACAUUCGAGGCCUCCGUCGCGCGUGUGCGCUACCACCUCGCAGAGGAUGCGGAUCGCCUGCUGAAAGGCCGCGUGCGCAUCAUCAACGUCUGGCGGCCGAUCCACCAUCCGGCCGCGCACAAGCCGCUCGCGGUCUCCGACUGGCGCCACCUUGACACGGAUCACGACCUCGUCUCCGUGCGGCAUAUCUACCCUCACCGCGAGGGCAGCACGUUCAGCGUGAAGUACAACCCGAACCACAAGUGGUACUACCUGUCGAACCAGACGCCCGACGAGGUCACGCUCAUCAAGUGCUACGACUCGGAGGUGGACAGGGCGAGGCUGACGCCGCACUCGGCGUUCUUGGAUGCGACGACCCCAUCGGAGCUGCCGAUGCGCGAGUCGAUCGAGGUCCGUGUCCUCGUUUUUGACCAGGAGUGAUUGGGCGGGCCGUGGGUUGUACGAUGUGUAGAGUGUAGGAUAUUCAGAUCGGGCCUGUGUGAGAGCAAUUCGAUUCUCGGCCUUCCGCCGAAGUUUGUUGCCGCUCUCAAAGCGAUCGCACGGUGCAGUCGAGAGCUUUCCAGACAACUUGACAGUAAAACAGCGACACUCAAAGCAUACGAACGCGAAGACUAACGCUACAAAACGCACCAUCCCGCCGACAGAUGGCGGAGACGCACCAGUGGAAUCCCGGCCCAUAACGACUCAUGCACCAACAGCUGACACCGUAUUACCGUCUGCGAGACCAUUUGCGUAUUGGAAUUCGCCGGAGUUCUCGUACUGUCAAAGAAGGUCUUUACAAACGUAUGUCAAUUGACAC